AUGAUUGGUUAUACGCCUCAGUUUCCAAAUACAGGUGCUGAGUUGCCGACCCCACAAACGGUUUUGAGGCCGGGUGGUCGUGAUGGAUUUGAGGAGUACUAUUUUGAGGGUGCAGAUGCACAGACAAACUUUCGGUCGCCACAGACUCCGCACACGCCACGGCCACCGAACACGCCACCGACGCCACAUGGCUCCACCUCUAGAGGUGUUACGGGCGGCCAUGACUCGAAUGCGAGUGAUUUUCAGGAGUGUUCGUUGCCCCUCAUCAGCCGAAAAGGGAGAAAGUGGAAUUCACUAGAAGAUAGUAACAUAUUUGAUGCCUUCAAGUGUGUCCUCAAGGAUAGAUACAGGGAUCGGAUGAAGCGUAUCAGGAUUAAAUCUGGGGAAAUGGCACGAAAUGAUGGGAAACCCGUCCCCUUAGGUCAUUGUACCUACUUCGAAGGGAUGCAUGACUACCGCCCUGAGCGCGUACCGGAGAAUCAUUGGUCGACAGAUAAGUGGAGAAAGAAUUCAAAAAUUGCUCAGCAGAACCGCAAAGUCGCAGAUGCUAAUGGGUCGACAGCUAGGCACACCGCAGGUAGUAUAGGAUUUGACGAGCACCGUAACAACUUAGAAAAGGUAUUGGGUAAACCACCCACACAAUUUGAUGUUUUCAUGAAGACGCAUGGUACAGCUGAGGCGAAAAAAAGAUAUUUUGCGGGAGAUCAUGAAAAUCUCGAAUAUUGCUCACUAACUGCCAAAGAAGCACAAGAGAUGUAUCUACAGGAGAUGGCCAAAAAACACGGAGAAGACUCUUCAAACCAUAAAGAUGAUGCGAGGGUAUGGGAGGAAAUUCAAUUUAGGAGAAAAGGAAAGAAGAAGGGUGAUAUCUAUGGCAUAGGAGCAUCAGAUAUACAUUUUGUGAUUACUGGGACACCGUCUUCCCAAUCCACCCAAUCCACCCAAUCGGAUAGUACACAACAAGAGGUUGAUAGGUUGCGUGCACAAGUUUCUACCAUGGAACAACAACAACAACAAAUGAAGGAACAAAUGGAAAUGAUUAUGAGGAUGAUGAAUAUGUCUGGAAAUCAACCCCGUGCUCCCCCUGAUAAUCCACCUGAGGACAAUUGA